AGUCGGUUCAUCCACAGAGGCGAAGACUGCGCGCUUCCGCUCCCACGUCGCCUGGCGCUUAUGCGUCACUGUCAUCUCAUGUCACUCCAGGCUGUGAUGGCGGAGGUGGACGAAACCGACAUAAUUAUGAACUACCACGGAGAUUUCUUAAAAAGCGACAGAAAAAACAGCCGCUACCCGUACUGCAUUGUCUGGACACCUAUUCCAAUUUUAUCGUGGGUGUUCCCCUUCAUUGGUCACAUGGGUAUAUGCACCUCUUCUGGAAUCAUACGAGAUUUUGCAGGAUCAUACUUUGUCUCGGAAGACAACAUGGGCUUUGGUAGACCAACCAAGUAUUGGAAGCUUGAUGUGGAUAAAGUGUGUGGCAAUGGUGCUGCUACAUGGGACAAAGCAGUGAAUGACGCAUCUGAGGAAUACAAAUGCAGGCCGCACAAUCUGUGCUUAGAUAACUGCCAUUCCCACGUUGCCAUGGCCCUCAACCUUAUGCACUACGACAACAGCACAUCUUGGAACAUGCUGAAACUUUGUGCGCUGUCUUUUGUUCGUGGGAAACAUGUGAGCUUCGCAGCUUUCCUCAAGACCUGGCUACCGUUUUUCAUGCUGUGCGGAGUCCUCGGCACGUUCAUCCUAACAUUCAACCUACAUUAGUGGAGCGAGCAGUCCAACGGGAUGACUCACAGACUCAUGCUUAUACUUUAUUCAUUGUCAUUGGCUGUUGACGUGAAUGACGGUGGUGUGUUUUGACGGGACGUUUGUUUGUA